UUCUGAAGAUACUUCUAUUUUUGAUUAUAAAAAAGUAUCAGAAACAAAAAGUAUAAAAAUUGGCAUUAAAGAAAAAGGUAAAAGUAAUAAUGAUGUCAAUUUAAAGAAUAAUAAUUCUGAUUCAG